UAUGACCAAUCUUUUGAAAAAUGUAUCUCUCCACAUCUUCCCCACUUGACUCCAAUUCAGAGGGUGGCGCUGAUGCAGCUAGAGAGAGAGAGAAAGAGAGAGAGGGAGACAGAGAGCGAGAGAGAGACCCAUCAGGCUUCAGAUUGUUGUCAAGCAGUCUUGGUCCUGCUGUUACCCACAGAGCAUCGACAAUAGUGUCCCGGGUAUUGGAAGCAAUGAGUGACAACACUACUAGUUCUACUACAGCCAAUGACCUAGACCUCAUCUAUCUAAAAUGCAUUAUGGCGAGCCCACUGGAGCCAGUGGAAGGCCUGAAGGAGCUACAUUUGUCCCCAGUUGGGGAAAACAAUGUGGAGCUUCUGCAGGAAAUUCUCAGAGAUCUUGAUCCAUUCACACACCGAUCCAAAUCAGCUGCUGAACUCUUUCACUUACUUACACAGCCUCAUUUUCAGUCUUUACUAGAGACUCAUGACUCAGUUGCAUCCCAGGGGGAUGGAAGCCCCCUCUCCUGCCCAUGCAAAUUUACGACUCAUGACCAAGAUCAAGAUAGACAGAUGAACAACUUUCGGCCUCCGCCUGAUGCAAUCCGCAUGGUGGGCAUACGCAAAGUGGCUGGCGAACAUCUGGGUGUGACAUUCAAGGUAGAGGAUGGUGAGCUGGUGAUAGCACGGAUUCUCCAUGGAGGGCUGAUAGACCAGCAAGGAUUGCUGCAUAUCGGCGAUAUCAUCAAAGAGGUCAAUGGCCGUGACAUGGGACGAGACCCAAGGGUGCUGCAGAAGGAGCUGCAAGCAGCCAGUGGAAGUGUGGUUCUUAAGAUACUACCCAGCUACCAUGAAACAAUAACUCCAAGACAGAUGUUCUUUAAGUGUCACUAUGACUAUAACCCAGUCAGUGACAAUCUGAUCCCCUGCAAGGAGGCUGGCUUAAGGUUUAAGGCAGGAGACAUCCUUCAGAUUGUUAACCAGGACGAUGUCAACUGGUGGCAGGCAUGUCAUGUGGAGGGUGGAACUGCAGGACUGAUUCCCAGUCAAAUGCUGGAAGAGAAGAGAAAAGCAUUUGUCAAGAGGGAUAUGGAACUGGUUCCUCCAGGAAAUUUGUGCACAGGUGUUGGUGUGAAGAGAAAGAAAAAAAUGAUGUAUGUUACGACAAAAAAUGCAGACUUUGAUAGACAUGAGAUAUUGCUCUACGAAGAGGUGGCCAAGGUCCCUCCUUUCAAGCGGAAAACUUUGAUUUUGGUUGGUGCCCAAGGUGUAGGAAGGCGCAGAUUGAAGAACAUGCUUCUGUUAAAGGAUCCCCAUCUCUUUGGAACCACAAUUCCUUAUACCUCCAGAAAGCCCAAAAAGGGAGAAUGCGACAGCCGGAUAUAUGCCUUUACAAGCCGCAGCAAAAUGGAGGCUGACAUCAAGAAAGGCCUCUAUCUUGAAUUUGGAGAGUAUGAUGGCAAUUUGUAUGGAAUCAAGACUGACUCUAUACAUGAGGUUGUGGAAGCAGGACGAAUUUGCAUUCUGGAUGCCCACCCUCAGUCUCUCAAAGUGCUGAGAACAUCUGAGUUUUUGCCAUAUGUGGUGUUCCUUCAAUCUCCAGACUUCGAGGCUCUCAAGACAAUGAAUAACUCUACUGCAGAGGCAGGGGUUUCUACAAAGGCACUUUCAGACGAGGAGUUGCAGAAAACAUGCGAAGAAAGUGAUCAAAUUGCAGCUGCUUAUGGUCAUUACUUUGACUUAAGCAUCCUAAACAACAACCAGGAGGAGACCUACUAUGAAGUCAAGGCUGCACUGGAAACUGUCUCUAAAAACCACCAGUGGGUCCCUGUCACAUGGGUUUUCUAGAACAAAAUUGGGUGGUACAGAAGAGAAAUAAUGCAAGCUCCAAGAAAGAAAACAAGGACUUUGAAAAAAGUGUGGCUUUAUAGUUCAUGUCCAUAGUUUUUAGUUACUUUUUAAAUUUGUAUUUUAAUUCAUUCAUUACAGAAGUUGCAAAACUCCAGAUCAUUUGUGGUUGUUGUUUUAAACAUAGCAUAGCAUGUGAUUGGUAAAGUUGCUACUUUAUAGCAAUUUUGAUAUAAAGAUAUUGAGGCUC